CGAAGUUUUCGUAAAUAUAUUUUUGGCUGCGUUUGGCGCCAUAACCUUAAAAUAACACAAGCGAUCGCAUUAUCGUGAAUACAAAUCACAAAUCAAAACACUCUCCCAGUUAUUUGUUUAAAGUGCGCCAAAUAAAAAUAAAAGUGAAAACCGAAUUACUGAAAAAUGAACAAAAUCGUCUGUAUACACUAAUUUGUAUGCAAAUAACAAGCCGAUGCCGUCACAACAACACAAACGCAUUGUAUUAUAUUGUUGAACGUCGUUGUUUAAGGUUGACCAAACGAAUCCUAGGUAUUCAGUAAUAAGCACAUACAAUAUAAAAAGGAAAAUGUUGAACUCAAAGAUUUUAUCUAGCAUUUUGAGGACUACUAAGUAUUCAAAGCAACUAUUUCGCAAUAAUUACACACAAGAAGCACCACUGCCCGUAAAAAUUGAAAAAACGAUAAAUAAAGUCACACUUUUGGGACGAGUUGGUGCAGACCCGCAAAAACGAGGGACAGAAGAACAUCCAGUUGUUGUAUUUUCAUUGGCUACACACCAAAAUUAUAUCAACAAUAAUGAAGAAAGCACACAAAAGACUGACUGGCACCGUAUAGUUGUAUUUAGACCUGGAUUGCGUGAUACUGUGUAUAAUUACCUACAAAAAGGACAACGUGUACACAUUAGUGGGAGAUUAAUUUAUGGCGAAUUGAAAGACGAAUCUGGUACUUCUCGAACAACUACAUCAAUUGCUGCUGAUGAUAUUAUAUUUUUUAAUUCAAAAAAUUAAACUAUUUAAUUUAUCUAAAUUUAAUUUAAUUUAUGUUUGUUUAGUCUAUAGAAAACAUACUCAUUGUGUUGUCUAUAAUUAAAAUUCCUAUAAGGAUUAUUUUUUUUUUACGAGUGAAAUAUAGUUUUUUUACAUAUUAUAAAAUUGAUUGUUAAGAAGAAGAAAGUUCAAAUUAUGUUAGUUUUUAUGUGGCAUUUUUUCCAUGACUAACAACUAAAAUGUAAUGUUGAAAAUAGAAUAUUAUUUGUUGCACUAAACAUUUACAUGAUAUUGUUUCUGCUAUUCAUACUAUGUUAUACCAUGGUGCUAUGUAAUAUGAUAAUAUAAUGAUAUAAGUAUAAUAAUAUAAUUAAUAAAUAUUAAAA